AUGAAACCUACACCCAUCACACAGGACAUGACCGAAACGUCUACCUCCUCCUCCUCCUCGCGCUACUACAAGCUCUACAUGCGCAAGAAGUUCGCCCCCGUCUUCCACAUCGACGACCCUCAAGGCCGCAUCCUCUUCAUCUUCACCCUCUCCCGCAACGCGCCCCGCGCCAUGAUCCAGCGCUGGACCUACUCCGGCCUCGCCUACGCUUCCUGGGAGGACGACGCGCCCAACCCGCUCGCCCGCGAGACCACCGACGACGCCCUCUACGGCCUCGUCGAGGCCAAGCACGUGGAGGACAGGUGGUCCGAGCUGCGCCGGAUCGUCAGCCUGUCGCCGGAGGACCUGGACCGGCACGACAGGGAGUGGCAGGAGUUCGUGGACGGUGAGGUGGAGGCGGAGCGCAAGAGGGGAAACAGGGGCGAAGAGGAGGCGCUGAGGACGGAGGUGAUGAUGAGGCACAAUUUUGGGUGGCAGGGGCAGUUCUUCAAGAACUUGGCGUAUGAUAAGCUGGAGCUGCUGCUGAGGAAGGAGUUGCUGCGGACUUGA